AGGUAUUUGAAGAAAGAGUAUACGAGAAAUUCACAAAGUUUCUGGAGGUCUUCAAGAAAAUCUACAUCAACAUUCCUUUUACAGAAGCCUUGGCCCAAAUGCCUAACUAUGCCAAGUUCUUAAAGGAAGUGACGUCAAAUGAGAAAAAGAAGCUCCCUCACAAAUUGAAAGAUCCGGGUAGCUUCAACAUCCCGUGCAAUAUUGGUGAUAUCACAUUUGAUAAAGCACUGUGUGACUUUGGAGCUAGCAUAAACUUGAUGCCCCUUUCAAUGUUCAAAAAGCAGGGUCUUGGAGAAGUAAAACCCGCAACCCUCACCUUGCAACUGGUGGACAAAUCGAUCACAUAUCCCAAGGGCAUUAUUGAAGAUGUGUUGGUGAAAGUUGAUAAGUUCAUCUUUCCGGUGGACUUUAUGGUAUUGGACAUGGAGGAGGAUGAGAAAGUACCGUUGAUUCUUGGUUGA